AUGCCUUCGGCAUCUCCUGGCCAGACGGCAAGCACAAGUCAGCCUUCGGCAUCCACCUAUGACCGUUUCCCGCCACACCAAACCACUAAUCAAGCUUCCUACCGAAUGGCACCCACUGUGCCCGCACCUUGCACAAUGGGCGAUAAGCGAAGGGACUUGUUCCAGGGUCGGCAGGACGGAGGGAAACACAAUAAGGGGUUAGGUUGCCGAGACUUCCGAAGUACCAAAAGAGACCGACCGCCGGAGGCCUUCACCAUUCUUAACUCAACCUACGAACAUGUCCUCAUGGUAGAAAAUCAGAUGAUUCAGAAGCCAAGCCUCCGGAAGCUCCCUCGGCAAGUCGACAAGGAUACAGGAGUCUUCUGCCGAUACCACUAA